CAGGCGUUGGUUGGUCAUGUGACAUGACGUCACUACUCCCAAGCCGUGUGGGGACUGUACCAGGCUGGUUUACACCUACUGCUCUAGCAAAGUAAUGUUAUGCAGAUCAGGUGGUCAUGGCUUGGAAGUCGAGGACCCGCAGCCUACAAGUGUUUGACACGGAGCAGAGUGCUGAUACGGUGGAGUGGUGUCCUGUUUCACCGAACCACAACAUCCUGGUCUGCGGGACAUAUCAGCUACAGAAAGGGGCAGGGGUAGAGGAUGUCACCCCGAGCCGGACUGGUCGCUUGUACCUUUUUGACUUUCGGCGAGAGGGAUCGAUGAGUCCUCCUCUCACUGAGCUGCAGCGCAUUGACACAGCGGCCAUUUUGGAUAUGAAAUGGUGCCAUGUGCCGGUGUCGGGGAAGGCAUUGCUGGGAACAGCAGCUGCCACUGGGGAACUGCAGCUGUACUCAAUGUCAGAUGGUCAGGAAGGCAGCUGCAGUCUGCAGACCCUGAGCAGUUUGGAGGUGGGAGCAGAGCGGCUGGCUCUGUCAUUGGAUUGGUCCACUGGAAGGAUGGACAGCAGUGACGUGCGCGUGGUGUGCAGUGACUCUGCCGGCUGUGUCAGUGUGGUCUCUCUGGCUGAAGGCGCUCUGACGACUCUGUCACAGUGGAAGGCCCACGACUUUGAAGCCUGGAUCUCAGCCUUCUCAUACUGGGAUACACAGCUCAUUUACUCUGGUGGUGAUGACUGCAAACUUAAAGGCUGGGAUCUCAGGGUGGGUCCCUCCUGCCCCACUGUGACCAGUAAAAGGCACUCGAUGGGUGUGUGCAGUAUUCAGAGCAACCCACAUCGGGAACACAUCGUGGCUACAGGCAGCUAUGAUGAGCAGGUUUUGCUGUGGGAUGGCAGGAACAUGCGACAGCCUCUCAGUGAGAGUGCCAUGGGUGGUGGAGUGUGGAGGCUGAAGUGGCAUCCGACCCAUCAGCACCUGCUGCUCGCAGCCUGCAUGCACAAUGACUUCCAUAUCCUUCACUGCCAGCAGGCCCUGGAGGGCAGCGGAGGAGCUUGUCCUGUUGUAGCUUCCUACAUCCUCCACAACUCCCUCGCUUAUGGAGCUGACUGGUCCCAGCUGUCCCUGGACCAUCCAGCCCCCUGCUCCCCUCAUGCUACAGAACCAAAGGAAAGCCUCACAGAGAGCAGAGGACACGUGAGGAUUCAGUACGAAUCUCCCACCGCCAGCUUUGACACUUCCCUGGAGGAUGAUGCUGGACAAUACAUCCCAGAAAGCAUUGCAGCACCAUCUACCACCCCUGCUGCAGGCCCUGCCCUCAACCCUGAUCAUGAUGCCCCCUCAUUGACCUGUCUGCUUGCUAGCUGCUCGUUCUAUGACCAUAUGCUCCAUGUGUGGCGUUGGGACUGGACUCCAGGUGAGGCUCAACCAGAAUCAGAGCAAUGUUAACCAGGAUGGAGCACUGGCUGAGACGACACUACAGCAACAUCUUCUAUCAAAUUAUAAAUCAAACCAAAGUAAAGCAGAAUAUACAGCCCAGCAAUGGGAUGGGCCCCGUCACUUUGGAAUUAUCACGAUUAACAAAACCCUAUAUUUUCAUAAUUACACUGAUUUUUAUAAACUUAUAUUUAAACAUAAAUUGUGUGUUGUCCUUAUACUGUUAAUCCUGUAGCUGCAAGAUCAAUACAACCAUUCACCCUGUAUCAUAGCUUUUUUAAGCAUUUUGUGAUAAUGAUAAAUUGUUCAAUAAAACACCUUGCUUCAAGACCAGCAACAAGUUGAACACAGGAAUUGGGGACCCAUGCGGUAUGUGUGAAUGUUUGUAAUAACUUUAUUAAAGGAGCUAUUUGUAAAUUUUGCUAUGGCUGCAUACCUAGUGUUAGCAUCAACAGCUCUUUACUUACCAGUCUUCCCAAGAGCUUCAGCCAUCGUUGCAUUUACAGUACAAGAGAGUAAUAAUAUGUCCUCCGAGCAGCUACUUCUUCAGGUGAGACUGAGGACAGUGACUCGAUGUCAGAAAGUCACAUGACGGGCCGGCCAGGCCAGAGCUAGCUGGUUAGCAUGCUAGCUUCAGUAGAAGAAAAGGCGUGAUAGAAACAGGAGCAAAACAAGAGUUAACAUUGUCAUUGCUUCCCACCUCUGGAGGAAGCUGUCGGUCAGUAAAGGAAUGAAGUUUGAUGCUUAAUGCUAACAUUAGCUAUGUAGCAACUACAAAACGUACUUAAAGCUCCAUUAAGCAUCAAAGGGAAUUUCUCUUAAUUUACAACUCUCUGAUAGGCGCUUUGUGCUCCUGGAUUUAGUUCAGUGUUUAGGACAUUUUGACAGGGUUUAUGCCUGAUGACCUGGGUGAAGGCUGGUAUUACGGUUCCCUUGUAGAGUACCCAGUUUAUCUUUGAAGUGUUAUGUUUAGUCCUGCUGGAAAUUUGAGGUGCUGAUCUUCACCAUAUGAUGAUUUUGGAAAUGUCAUCACAGUACUAUAUGAAAAUGUGUUGAGGCCACUUUUAUUGCCGGUUAUGUUCCUCUUUCCGACCAAUAAAGUUACAUUGACACCG